AUUGUAGACCUAACGAAGGUCUAUGUGCACGUGGGUGUGUUGUUUGCCAUAUCUCCCUGUUUUGUGUCGAUCUUCCUCCCCCGUACAGCUGUCUAACCAGUCCUCACAAUGGUCCUCAAACCCCCCACCAUCACAGAGACAAUUACCGUCUGAAUAUACAGUAAUAUCUGUUUGCACGAGACAAACAUGAGAGCGUGUCGCGCGCGGCAGUGGAGGAGCGCACCCUGCCUGACGUCAUAGUUCCGUGCGUGAAUGAGCAGCUGUGUGAACAUCUCUCCAGAAGAGCAGGGCCUGCGCACAGCGACAACAGCGAGAUAAGGAGUAUAAAAGGGCUUUUUUUCUACAUGUUAUCGACACGGACAGGUAGGUGUGUAACAGCGGGCUUUUAUUCUGGUAGUCCUCUCAUCGAUAUACGGAUAUUUGUGUGAAAAUGUGAAGGAAAAGGAGAGGUUAACGCCGCCUCAGCGCAGUGAGUCAGACGGACGGUGUGUUUAUUCUGGUGCGGUGCGGAUGUGUUGACAUAUUCAUGCAUGGCGCAGGUGAAUUCAGGUUAAUAUCGGUGAAAAUGUACAUGAAUUCACUCUCUCAUUGUUGUCGAGGUUUCCCGGUCGCCUCGUAGCACCACCGCAUGAAAACGAAUCGUGACGCUCGAGCUGUGCGUCUAAAGAGCGCCCAUUAUUUAUUAAUUUCCUCCCUGCUGCUGGUGGACAGCAUGAGAUGCACCAAUGAGAGACAGCAGGUGAUGGGGUUGACAUUUCCAGCUAAAAUACUCUGUGGUGAGGCGUUACUGCUUUAAGAGAGCAGGUAGAGAGGGGAGGAACACAAACAAGACCUCAGACACUACUUAUUAUGACCUUAAAGUGCAGAGAAACCAAAACAGAGGUCAGUCAGAGUACCUUUAUCUUUUAACUUUAUUAAAGCUACUGUGAGGAGUCUUUUGACAUUUAUUAAAUUCUCGUUGGUGCCCUUUUAAGAUGUAUUAAAGCAAACAGGAACAUCAGAAACACGACUAAUGAUCUUUAUAUGCUUAUUUUUAAGGCCUGAAACUCGUACAAUAUGGAAGGUAUCAGUCAAGCAGAUACAGAAACAGCCCUGUUUGUACUUUUUCACAUAAAAUAUUCAUAUUAAACGAUAAAUUUGACUGUUACUAGUCAGAAUGAUGAGUUCUUUGAGAGUGAGUGUGGUCUAGACCUGCUCUUUUUUGGAAAGUGUCUUGAGAUAACGACUGUUGUGAUUUGGUGCAAUAUAAAUAAAAUUUGAUUGAUUUAAGUUUAAAAGACAAGUAGAGACAGCUUUGUCCACAGGGGGGCGCCAAAAUUGACCCAAAACAAGUUUCUUACAGGAGCUUUAAAUGAAUUAAUUGAACAUAGAUUUCUGGUAAAUGGGUCAAAAUCUUUAAAAAACAUGAAUUAGAAAAGCAGCAUUAUGUGAAAGAUAGAAUGAAAAAAUGAACAAGUACGAAUAUUGUGAAAUAGUUAUGGGGGUAUUGGCGUAAUGAUUUAACAUUAUUUCAUAAUCCAGAUCAGUGCUUUAAGAGGGGGGAUGUAGUUUGAGUUUAGUUAAAACUGUAACUUUAAAUAAAGUUAAUCAUAAACUUAAUAGCUCUGUCUUUAAGAUGAUCAAGGUUAACAGAGUAAAACUGUUAGCAGCCUGAUAAAGUGAGACCUCAGGUCUCUCUGGAGUUUUGUGGGGAAUUCAUAACCGAGAAAAGGUGAGAGAUUAUUUCUGCAUCUCUUUAAAAAGGUACAAGAUCAGUAUAUUAGCAUCUGUAAACUUGGCAGUUUUUGGUAUUUUAAUUUUUAGGCUUUACAAGAAAAAGCCUGAGGGGUUGAAAAAGAACUAAAUCUUUUUACCUCAAUACACUUAUCCGAGCACAGUUGAAAUAAUUGAAUGUUAUUAAUAUGUUUUAUGUUAUUUAAUCUGUUAUUAGUCAAGUUAAAUAUGUAGAAAAGAUCUGUGAAAUACUACAAGAGCAACACUAAGUGGAUGUUAAAGAGCAAAAUCAAACAGAAACAUGGAAAUUAGCUCAGAUCUGUCCAUUUCUUUCUGCUUGUCUUGAGUCAAACCUGAGAGACAGCAGGUCUAAGUGAGUCAACCCAGUCGAUCUCCUCCCUGUCAGGUUUUCCUGCUGUUCUUUGGGGACCCUGAGGUGUUCCCAUGCCAGUAUAAUCCCUUAGCGACCAAUGAGUCUACCCCUGGGCCCUGGUCAUAUAAAUAGUGUCUUUAAUUGCUGUCCCAGUGGUUUUAUCUCAGGAUCAAGGUAACAUGAAAAAGCGAGAUCCCAUGUUUAGAUACAAGACUCCUAUAACCAGGCAGGUACAAAGGUCCCUGGACUCUCUCUCUGAAUCUGAGCUGCUCUGCUUCUUUCUCAGGUAACUGUGAAACAUGGAGGGGGGAAAUUUGUGAGUACAUCCUCUUGUUUACGUUCAGUCCCGCACCAAUCACCAGAUUUUAAAGAGUUUAUUUUGUCAGAAAGAAAGUCGUAACGUCUGUCCAAUCCCUCUGUCUUUGCAGCGGCUACUCCCGAGACUAUCUCGACCGCUUCAUCCAGAGCCAGGACUCGUCUGUGGUGAACAAGUUCCAGCAGAAAUACUGGAAAACCAAACAGACGCUCAUCAAGGUGACUGGGAAGAAAGAGGACGAGCAUGUGGUGGCGUCAGACGCGGAUCUGGACGCCAAGCUGGAGGUGAGGAGGAGUGAGAAACGGGUGGGUUUGUGGUUUGAAGAGCAUGUCCAGUGACGCAGAGGACUGAAGGUCAGGUCAGUUUACUUUAGGCUUCAGUCGCACUUUAGAGACAUUAACAAACAAUGGAGACACUUUCCCUCAGGUGGACUCUGCAGUGACUUAAAUGGCUUUUUGAUUCACACGGUGACAGUAUCCGCUGGAGGCUUGAAUCUCGCAUUAGGCUGACUCUCCUCGCUCGCAUCCUCUAUGCCUCCAUUUUAGGAGGGAAGUGGGUGUAAUGGCUGAAAUCAAUACCUCAUAUAGGCUGUGAUAUCCAUCCUCAAUUUAGGUCACGUCCUCGUUAUGCAACCAUUUCAAAACCAGAUAUCUCCUGACCACAUCGGAGCUCAUUUUAAAAAGCUUUGAUGUUACAUUUUCACGUCUGCUUCUCAUCAUCGCAGCUUCCCUGUUACAUCUCAUCCCCUCUGGAGAUCAAACUCUUAACAUUUAUAAAGUAUCCCAAAUGUGACUGGAUAUCCGUGGUUUGUCUUCAUGGACAUGUUCACAAAAUAUCCCACAGCCUGUCCAAGGCUUAUCUACACAGGAAAAAAACACAGUUCAGGUGUUUGACUUUGUGUUUACGUUGAUUUUUUUAUACUCUGCAGGUCUUCCACUCCAUCCAAAGAACAUGCAUGGAGCUGCUAAAGGUCAUCGAGCAGUACCAGAGAAGGAUCUGCUGUAAGUCCAACAGAAAGACACACACAACCAAAGUGUGUAUUGUUGCAGAUAUUGUCCUGAUAGUGAAUGCUCGUCACUUUAAAUAAAGUUUUUCUUCACGUGCAGUCCUGUCCCAAGAGGAGAACGAGCUGGGUCGCUUCCUGCGCUCACAGGGAUCUCAGGAUAAAACCAGAGCAGGGAAGAUCAUGCAGGCGACUGGGAAAGCACUGUGCUUCUCCUCCCAGCAGAGGUAAACAAGACUCAGACUGAGAGGAAAUGAUCCAGAUUCACAGUGUGUCAGCAAAGUGGGCGAGUCAAGUCAAUCAGUGCACCACUGAACUACCUGAUCCCAGAGUGAAGGGCUGGGCGGACACUCACACUGACAAACUAGAAGUGUUUGAGUCUGAGUUUUUCUAACUUAGUCAUCUACUUUGUAGCGUUGGCUCAAUCUGCAGGGGUUGAUUUGCACAUUUCCCCACCGUGGGAUGAAUUAUGGUUUAUCUUAUCUAAUCUCGACAGCGUAGCGUCCAACAGCUUUCUCGACAAAGGAGCCGAGUCCACAGGAAUCCUCUGUGGGUUACAGAAGUACCUUUGACUAGAAACUCAUACAACCCUUUAAAAUGUCAGUGAAUAUAUGAUACCUGUGCCCUCAUGAAACCUCGACAAAGUCUGCAUUUAAGUUAAAAAAUGCAUUAUAAUUGCUCCACUUAAAGGUGCAGUACCAUUAUUUCAGAUAUCAGACAGUAAUGCUGAGAAAUGUCCACAACAGUAAAAGUGGACAGAGCCAUUAUACAGUUAUGGUGUUUUUACCCUGGAUACUUGCAUAUAGAUGGGCCGAUUUAAAAGUUUUUGUGUUUUUGUGAGAUAAUCUAGUACUGAGAAAAACUCACACACACACACGCAGCAUCUGAAUCCUUGAUUUUCCUCCACAGGAUGGCUCUGAGGAACCCUCUGUGCCGUUUGUACCAGGAGGUCGAAACGUUUCGCUACCGGGCGAUCUCAGACACGUGGCUGACGGUGAACCGGAUGGAGCAGUCCAGGACCGAGUAUCGAGGGGCCCUGCUUUGGAUGAAGGAUGUAUCUCAGGAACUCGAUCCAGAUACUCAUAAACAGAUGGAGAAGUUCCGCAAGGUUAGUCUGAUACACAGUAAGAGGGGAGAAUCAAACGGACCAGUUGAGUGCUUGUUUUUUGUUUUUCAUGCUGUCAAUUCACCAGUAUCUUUAUGACGAAAACAUCAAUUUAAGUUUGUAGAAGUUUGGCCAAUCACAAUCAAGUACUUAGAAAUCCUAUAAGCUACUCUGGGUUUAGGUGCCCCCCUGUGGUCAAAGCAGUCUUUGCUUACCUUGUCCUCUACAUACUUAAGUCGUGACUUUUAAAAGUAUACCUCAUAUAUCAUCUAUCAUCAAUAUUUGACGUGGAAAUUGUAAGAACAGGGAAGUUACUUCAGCUGAGUGGCUGAUUGAGAAGAGACAGCUCUGUUUUUUAAAGUUUUCUACAUAAACUGUUUACAAUAAAUGACAGAUGUUACCCUCAAAAGCCAGUGGGUUGUGAUUUAUGUCAGGAGACACUCCAAAGAGUCUGAUGUGUCGGGCGCCAUAAUUGACACCAAAAAGUAGAAGCUUUAAAAUAUGUAAAUAGAUAAUUCCGUCAACAAACGUCUGAAAACUGUAUCCACGUAUGUAGUUCUUCCACCUACAAGAUGUUUUACAAAAUACUUCCAUCAAAAAAAAAAAAAAAAAAGAUUCUUGGUUUCUGCACCAAUUUGCUGCAAUACUACAGCUCAAAGCAAGAAAAAACAGCAUAGUUACACAAGACUGCCACUAGAGGGCAUAAUGCUCCAUGCAGUGGCUUCCAUCCCAAACCUCUGCAGUAUAAAUGCACAGACUUAAACUCGGGUAUGUGUUUGUUUCAGAUGCAUAACGCAGGCUUGUUUAUUUUCAGUUGGCAUAUUUUCAUGUCCUCCAUCUCCCAGGUUCAAGCUCAGGUGCGCACCACGAAAACAAGCUUUGAUAAACUGAAGAAUGACGUCUGCCAGAAAGUCGACCUGCUGGGCGCCAGCCGCUGCAACCUCCUCUCUCACGUUUUAACCACAUACCAGGUACACCACAAAUACAGGUUGUUUGCGUACAGCCUACUGAGCUCAGCAAAAGGUGGAUAUGGGUUUUUUUAUUGUGUGGUUAGGCCAGAGAGGAAGACAAGCAUCAUGGGAACAAAGAAGUAAGAUAGAGCAUCGAGAUUUCUCAGACUGGGGCAGAGAUGGUGAUAAAUAAACCGAUGAGAUUAAAACACGUCCAGCUGAAUGUUUGUGGCUUCAUGUUUCAGACAACACUUUUGCACUUCUGGGAGAAGACGUCUCACACCAUGGCCGCCAUUCAUGAGAGCUUUAAGGGCUGUCAGCAUUAUGAGGUCUCCGCAUAUAAGGUCAGAGAUCACCUUGACCUGUGUGAACAGUUUUUUUCAAAGACCUCGAAGUAAUUACAGCCAGUGAUAUCUUUGGACCCUACAGGACCCCCUGGAUAAGCAGGGCAAGAAGAAGGGGAAGAAGAAAACCAAAGCAGAAAAAGACGAUGGAAAGAAACCCGAGACCACGGACGACCAGUGAGUUAUCCCGUCAUGAUCUCGCUUCAUGCAGGUAGACUAAACACGUGCAUGCCAGCAGUGAAUCUGAACUGGUUUGGACUGAUCAUAAAGUUAUUCUACACACCUGCUAACUGAAGUAUGCCAAAUAUGUUUUAAAGUGAUCCUUGUCUUUCAUGUUUUCAGGCUCAUCUCUCUUAAUGAAAACACCUCAGAUAAGACCAGUGAAGGUAAGAACAAUACUCUUGUUUUUUAACAGCAUAUAACACUAGAUUUAUUUUUUAUAUUUAGGCUGCAGCUACAAAAGCACAUUUAAUAUAAAAGCAAUCUAGUGAUGAAUUUCUUGAUUGAUUCGUCACUUUAAUUACUUUUCUGGAGCCCUCUGUGAUUCCAUGAAUUUACUGUUUUGACUUCAACAAAACCAGAGAUAUUUAUUCUUUGAAUAAAACACUGAAUGUUCGGCAUCUUAACUUGACAGAUAACUUAAUGGUGAUAGAAGAUAUUCUGACUCUUUUUCAGUCCAAUUGAAACUUCCUAGAAAGCUUAAAGACUCUUGAAAAACACAGAUGCCUCCCAUCUACAAAAAGAAAAACAAUGUAGAAGAGCCUUCACCAGAUUAAAGCUCCUGUGAGGGACUUUUUGGUACGUGUCGACUUUGGCGCCCCUUGUGGACACUAAUCUUCAAAUUUUACCAUGCAAAUGCAAAAAAAGUGGGGGCUUUUUUUGCAACAUGAACCAAGAGUCUGACUACUCUGCAGCACCGUUUACAAUAAAGCUAUCAAAUAAUGGUUUUAUUUUUAAGUAUCCUACUUUCAGUAGAUCGUCAAUUGCAGAACUAAAUAAAAAGAGUUUUAAGAAUUAUCAGAAAGUGAUUAGUCAUAAGUCAAACGAUUAGUUAUCCAUAGAGGCAAAAGCUCUACUAUAGUUUUAAAUCCUAAACAUCAGUUUUCAAAGGUGCCGAAUCGUCUCCCAGUCGAUUGCUGUAGUUAGCUCACUAACAGUCGGCUGCUUCUUCUUCGUCUAUCCUGUUUUAGAAAGUUUCAUUACCAGCAUAAAGGAUGAUAAACUAACGGUAAAACUGUAGUACCAGUGUAUUUUUUCAAUUGUUUACAACCGUAGUCUACAAGCCUAAAAAUAACUACUGCAUCUGUGUGUUAUUAAUGUUUAUACUGACGGCCUCGUGUGCUUCUGUAGCUCAUAAACAGGCAUUGUUAUUAAUUUUCAGCAGCUAAAAUUCCUCAGAGGAGCUUUAAUCAAAUAUGCAAGACACAAGAAGAAGUGGUCUAAUAAAGCUGAAAUCACCGACUCACUGAUAAAAACUCUCGAUUGUUCCAGGAAACGUAGAUCAUCUGUCUGCCUUUAUGGAGACGGAAGGUGAGGAGAGAGACAGCAUGGCCUUACUGAAUGAGAUCCUGGGCAGCAUGUCCGUGGACGAGGGCGACUUCUCCCGAGAGUGGACAGAGGUUUUCGGGGACCAUGAGGAGGGGGCGAGUGCGGCAUCGGGCCGAGCGUCGGAGGCCGAGCAGAAAGAAGACUCCUUCUUUCUUCCAUCGCAGCUGUUGGACCAGAGCUUGAAUAAUCUGCAGUCUUCCACUUCUGGUAUGAAUAUCAUCAGUGUCUCUUUUCCUUCAGCUCUGGCAGGUUGUUGUUUGGGUCAGAAUGAGUCUGUUUAUGUAAGGUCAAAUUAAUAUGCCGCAAAUCUUAACAAUAAGCCAUAAUUCCUUCAUGAAUGAGCGCAGUAACUAUCACACAGCUAUAUUUAGCUUCAUUCCCCCACUGUGGCAUAGUAACUGUUUCCACACGGGGGGAAAAUUGGCUUUAAAACGAUUUCUCAAACCCACGUCUGUCAGAGUAAUAGGAGGGAGAUCAUUAUAACAUGGCAAUUAGAUUUUCUUACCCACAGGUAAUUGCUGACAACUUUCCAUUUCAUGCAGGCUCUGGCACUGGCUGCGAGCACCUCAUCUGGUUUUGUUGAUUUGGUUUUGUCUGUGUCCAGCUUAGAGGGCUGAGACCACAGAAGCCCUUCAGUCAAGAAAUACAGGCAUGAAACUCUGUUAUGAAUGAAGGGGUAAAAUAAUAAAGCCGGACUUAAAAUGCCUGACACCUUUCUGAAUUUACCCCACUAGCUUGUGGUUUUCAAUGCGUGUGAGAGCGAACUAUAAUUCCUGCAUGUUUCAGCAUCACAGCACGGUACUUUGGCAGUAUUCCUGCAAUUCCACAUUUAUAAUUGUGCGAGAAAAGAAGUGGGUCUGGAGCUUUUUCCAGCUUGAGUAGGUUGAAGAGCAGCAUAUGGUCUCUGGGCUCACAGGCAGGCAAGAUGGGGAUGUGUCGAGAAAGGUAGGCUGGUGAAUUCUGCCUGAUCAAUCUUCUCCUCCUUCUCCUGCGGCACUUUUCAAAACAUUUUAUUGGUAUUAAAGCUCAAAUUCCUAAAUAACUGGACCACAGAGCACAAUCACAGCCUCAGGAUCCGUCAACAGAUUCAAUAAGAAUAAUAAAGAGAAUUCGGUUUAAAGUGCAGAAUGAUUAAAAAGCUUAAAGCUAAUUCUGCUGUAAUCACUCUGCAAGUGCAGACAGGAGAGCACACAGGCAGGGACUGACUUGUAAGAGAAAAAAAUCACUUUUGACAGCAUGACACCAAAACUGAGCAUGCAAAAUGUCAAGUGCAUGCUUUAAACCGGAAUAAAACUCACAAAUCUCCCUCUUCGCCUUCAAAAUUGUCUUUCACUUGAGGCUUUAAGAUUCACUUUGCAGCCAAUAAACCACAAGGUGUCAGGAAAGACAAAUGCAGAGUGCAGCAAACUCUGAAGAGCUGCUCACAAAACCAAUGUGUGUCAGUGUGCAGGAAGAAGCGAGCUCAAAAGGUUAUGUUGAACUUGGGAACCAGGAACCAUUAGGGUUUGAGCUGUGCAGGAAGAAGAGCAUGAGAGCAGCACUUCUUAGAUGGAGGUGAUAUGGGACAGCAGGACAUGGCAGCAGAGACCAAAGCUCGUGGCCUCUGUUUGACCUGAAGAUUAAAACCCCAAAAGAGAAAAAUCCUCCAAAAAAAAAAAAAAAAAAAAAAGUUCAGAGAGUUUUAAAAACUUGACAGAUCUCGACUGCACAGCCCUUGGCUUCAGACCAAGAAUGUGAAACAAAGCUAUGACAAAUCUUCAUGGAAGAAAAUCCCCAAAUCCCUGUGAGUCAAGCACAUUCAGACACAUCCAAUAGGAGCUAAAGCUGCAAUCAGACUCCAACAUUUUAAGAUGCACACACUCAAAUUUUUAGCAAUUCUAGCCUUGUCAUCACAUGAAAAUUUGCCUCAAGAACCUCCUUCUUUGCUAAAACUUCUGAGAUAGUUCAGAGAACCAGGAGGUGAUAGCAGGACUCAAGUUGAUCAAUUAAAGCUGUAAGAUUGGAUCAAAUCUAGGUUAGUAGGUGGAGAAAGAGUACUAUCUUUGUUUACUGUUGGAGGGAGUUAAAGAUGUUUAUUAACACAGUUUAUUAAAACAGUCUUAUUCUGAUCUGAUCCCCCUGCUGAACACUCGGUGAAGCUUGGCUGAUGCUCGGCAUAAAGUUGAAGGCUACACGUGACAUCAGGCAGGUUAUGGGCAGGCAUGGACUGGCUGCAGGUUUUAAGGGAUACCUCAGUAUGUACAAGUCACAGUCUGAAACCACUAUUAUCUCCAAUUAUACUGGUUCUACAGGAGAACUCUGUGCCAGCCUGUGUUAGUCAUUUAAAGAUUAAAGGACAGUUAUGUAUAAUUUAUGAAGAGAUGCACGACUGGAUCCCCAAAGACUUUUUUUGUAGCUUCACUCUGAACGUGCUUCUAAUACUAGUUCCUCAUUUGCCUCUGAGAAGCUUCUAGAUGAUAUAAGGAGUGAUUGCUCCACUCACACCUGCUUCCAAUCCCCUGCAGCCUUGUCUUUCUGCAUACCAAGCCAAGGCUCCACCUAGUGUUCCACACAGGAAUUACAGGCAAAAUCUCUGCAUUUUACAAUCCAAAAUAAAGCAAAAAUAAAAACACUUUUUAGUUUCAACAUUAACUUAAAACUUUUGAUUUUGAUAACUUAAAGCUCCUGUGAAGGAUUUUCUGUUUGUGUCCACUUUGGCGCCCCCUGUGGACAAAGCAAAUCUUAUAAAAGCUUACAUUGUGUCUUGUGAUAAAAAAUCUAACUGCUGACUUUUAAUGGUGAUACGUAUUAUUUAACAUUUUAUGUGGGAAUUGUAAAAAUGGGACUUUGCCUUUAGCUGCUUGGCUGACACCUACCACCCUCACACCAGUCUCAGGCCUUAAAUUUUUUACAAACUGUCAGUCUCACCCCUGAUGGUCUUGUUUGCUUUUGAAUAUCAUGAAAAGGCAUUAAUGUGAAUUUUAGUCCAUUUAGUAAACAUUAAAAAAACUCCUUAUAGUAGCUUUAAAACAUAAAUUUCCAGCACUCAGCUGGGAUCAGGAUGGACUACAGGGACAAAAUGUUGUAAAACUUACAACAUGAGUGGUCAAACAAAAUAAUAUUUCUUUUAAAAGGUUAUAAAUUUUGAAAAUAUUUUGUACUUGAAUAGAUUUAUCUGCUGCAGUGAUAGUAAAUCAGUUGGACUGAAAUAUCUCAGGAUUUCAGACAAAUGUAGAGAGUCAUCUCUUGUAGAGUAAUCUGGAUUUGGGAACCUUAAAACUUCUGUUCCUGGAUCAGGUUGGACCCAGUGCUCUAGGAAGUAUUCGGGGAAAGAAACUGUAUAAAAGUAUGAUGAAUGACCUAAUUUUAGAUCCUCAGUUCAGGAUCCUUCUUUAUUUGUACUUUUGGUACAACCGGACCUCAGGGAGCACGCUGAGAAACCAAACUGCCCUCACACUGAAAAGGAUUAUAAUUGGCUCUCUGGUGUUGCCAAAAACUCGCAGAACUGCUUGUAUUCGGAGUUGGGUUUGUUUGGUACUGAAUAUAACAACAACACAUUCCAGUAUGCCCCCUGGAGAUAUUAAGUGUUGCAACAUGGCCAAAUGUGUUUCCAGAGCAAGAGAGGAGAAUAAAUUUGCUUGAAACAUGUACUCAGGGUUGUAAGUGUAAAAUCUGACCUGCAUUUAGAGGCCACUAAUCCCGUCAGAUGUGAUUUCUGCGGUGAUAAAUGUUUGAUUAUUGCUGUUUGUGAGCUUAUUACUCUAAAUUCAUCCACAUCAGCGAUGCAAUCAGAGAGGGAGUGUGAUGAUUUAUUUGUUGAAUCAUCCUUUGGCACGUUAAGCGUCCCAUGUUGAUGAGUCUAAAUCUGCCUCUCUGUUUCAGAUUGGGCCGGGAUCACUCCGCAGCCCGUCGCCGAGGCAACUGAGCACUCAUCUGGAGCCAAUCAGAACCCUUCUAAGCCGGCAGUGAAAGGUACGAGCGGGCCAAAUGAGUAAAACAUAUGAAAAGACUGGUGUCCAGCAGAAACCUGCAUUUAUGAGUACUUUAAAAAAAGACUGUGGUUUGUUUCCAUUCAUACGUUUGGAUGUUGUCCAGGUGUAGUCCUCCUCAGAACAAAAGGAGGUGUUUCUAUUUCCAUGGCUUUAGAAUAAGAGCACAAGUAUUUCUGAGUGACCUUUGUUAACUCUUUUUACAGAGACAGCAGCGACAUCCAAAGACCUCUCGGCUUGGUUCAACCUGUUCGCUGACUUGGACCCUCUUUCCAAUCCCGACGCGGUCGGAAAAACCGGCAAAGAGCACGAGCUUCACAAUGCAUGAAAUCUUCCUCAGAGUCACAACCGUCCAAAAUGGAAACCGUUUGUCAGCGGUUACAGCUGAUUAUAGCUGCCACCAGACCAGAGAAAAAUCUGAUCAGCAAGUCACGCACUUGUCUCAAACUCAGAAUUUAGAGAUUUGAUCGAGAAGAACGAAGCAAGAGUCAACACUGAGUAAGAGACGCAGAGUAGACAAACUCUGUUAAAACACAAAGCCAUGCAUUCAAUAUCCUACCCUGUUUAAAGUGCUCAUUAUGCAGAAUGGUCCUUUCUGUGCUUCAUUUAUAUGAAGUCAGCUAAAGGGGAUAUUUAAGGGCAUUGUGGGGAACUUGGAGAGUCGAGUGACCUCCUUGGACAAAAUCUACUAAAUCAACUCUAAAUCAAAACUACGAGUUAUCUCACAAAAGGUGAUCAGACGUGCCGGUUUAAUGAUUCUUAUCACAUCCAUGAUGCCACGAUGCACACAGUCCAACUCGUCAGAAACACUAAAUUCUGUGGAUCAAUCUAAUGUUUCUAAAAGUUUAGUAAAAACAAUGAGUCUCUUUUCUAAUCCUGCUGGACUAUCUGCUAUGAGUACAAAACAUUAUGUAAAAGGAAAUUAAUCCAAAGUUACUCAGUAAAUUACUUCUCACUGCCAAUCCUGCUAACUCACUGCUGAUCCUAAACCUGCAGAUUUCUAAACAAAGACACUUCUGGAUGACGGCUUAAUAAAACUGGACUCGAUUCAGUUAAAGAAAUUCUCUCGUUGUUAAUAAUCUCAUUUUAUAAGGAGACCACCUCAAAAUCAGUUAAAAACUCCUUAGAGUGUCUUUAAUUUUUAAAUACAUGUAUGAAGUUUCAAGCUUGAUAUCUAUCUCUAAGGAUCUUGCAAAUUUGAUCAAAUUAAUAGGUGUUUUUAGUCUUACUCCUCCUGAUGCCUCUUAAUGGCGUUCAUGCUGAAAUCUGAUGAUUGGCGCCAAGAUCGGUUACUUAUUUACACCAAAUGUUCGUGCCUGUGCUUGGGUUGGAUUUCCAGCUAAAAAAUGAAAAGGUCAUUGUGUGACUCUUACCCAGAAGUGCCAAUGUUUUCAAACUCCGCUGGUAAAGUUUGGCAGUGAGAAAGUUAAUCAUUAAGUUUUUCUUCUCUUUGGACAUUUACUCAACUUUUUUUUACUCAUAGCUGAUUCUGGUGCAGGAUUACCACAGAGAAAAUCAGUCUCUGUUUGAGGUCUUGUUUUAGAUGGAAAAACUCUAAUAAACAGAACUGAACAUCUAUACUUCACUGCUCUUAAAAGUUCUCCUAUAGUUAGGUUACGGUUGAUUUAUCUUAGCUAUAAAUCAAUACACCACUUAAUCAUUUUGACUCCUGCAGAAAGUUGUUCUGGACCAAGAAAGAAAGUAUUAAAAAGAAGAUCCGUGUUUCAUUCAUUUGCUUUCACACUUUGGCCAGAACUGCAUCUUUGCGUCAGUGGGUGAUGCUGCUCAUGGAAUAUGAAGUCGCCGUCUCGAGGAAACACUACAGGUUUCUUCCAAAGAGGUCAACUUAGCAUGAAAAUUCCUCAAAGCGCCUUCAAAGUAUAACCUAAACUUGUUCAUUUUAUAGUCAAAACAAAAAGUUUUGACCAUAAAAUUCCUAAUUGGAUACAUCCCCGUUUACAAGGACUGUGAGUAAACUGUAGGAAGAGAUUUUUCUGAUUAUCAAAACCAUUAAAAUGUCUUUUUGUGAGAAGACAAAUCUCUCCUCUGAGUUUGAGAAAUGUUCCUGGUGUUUAAUCAGAUUUAUUUUCUCAUGGUGGCAGCAUGAAAAUGCUUAACAUGCUCUGCCAACAAUUACCAGCUGUUCUCUUUUCCAUUGUGAAAGCAGAGAAACAUUGACAGGAGGACCUUAUUAAAGCCUGAUGGCUAUUUCACCAGGGUUAAUCAUUUCAUGUUCAGGGUGGAUACCUCAGCGUGAGGCUGGAACAAGAAGCCUUUGACAUUAGCUGCCUUGUAGUCAGUGUAGUCUCUGCAUCCACGCUUUGAUUUAGAUCUUCGUAACUAUAGAGAAAUGGCGAAGCUUUCACAAGAGACGCAAAGAGCGAAGACGAAGUGAGCAAGACAAAGAUGGGGAGAAAGGAAGAAUAUGUUGAAUGCAGUUACAAAAUAUUAUUUGAUUUCACAUUAAAUCUAAAAAAGAUAAGCUGAGCACUUCAUGUUUUUAUUCUCUUUUAAUUUCACUGAAGUUUAUCGUAAGAAUUAAUCUGUUGAGUUUGUUUGCUGUAUUUUUUAUCCCUUACUGAGUGUGCUGCUGCAGAACUAAGAAACACAUAUCAGUCAUCUGUUAUUGGUGCAUGUUGCAUGCCUUGUUUUUAUCAUCAGAAAAAAAGCGUGUCUGAAUGAACAAUGUGUUUUUGCAUCAAAGUUAUUAUUUAUUAUUUGCACAGUUAUUAUCAGCCUCAGUGGACAAUAUUUUGCUUCUUCUCUCUGAGCAGAAAAUCAUGAAGUUAUUAACCACCCACUCUGUUCACAGUGCUGCGUAAACUGAAUCAUGUCAAUGCCUUAAUCUGACCACAAUUUAACAAGAUAGAACCUCAUCUAAUUAAUCUCCGGUUCCUUUAAAGGGACAUUACACUGAUAUAUUCAUAUUUAACCAUGUGUCAUAUUUCAUUUUGGAUCCAUGCGACAUUAACCGAGAUUAAACCAUAACCAAAUACGUCUGCUGCCUUACCUUGACCUCUGUGUGUGUAAAUGUCAUGUUGUUGAUGUUGUGAGUUGACGUGUCUGCAUAUGAAAAGAUUACAUCCCCAAACAAACGGA